AUAUGUUUGCUUCCUGUCUGACUUUUGCACUUCUGGGAACUUUUUGUGCAGGACCAAGCCAUGGAGAGGUGGACACACAGGAGUGCUUGUUCUAUAACAUCAACUAUGAGAUUGAGAAGACCAACCAGAGUGGGGUAGAGCGCUGUGAGGGUGAGAAGGACAAGCGGUCGCACUGCUACGCCUCAUGGCGAAACAACUCGGGUACCAUAGAGCUGGUGAAGAAGGGCUGCUGGCUGGAUGACUUCAACUGCUAUGACAGGCAAGAAUGUGUGGCGACAGAGGAGAAUCCUCAGGUGUUCUUCUGUUGCUGCGAGGGGAACUUCUGCAACGAGAGGUUCACUCACCUGCCUGAUAUCAACGGACCAUUGAUCAAGUCGCCUCCCCCCAUGCCCACACUACUCAAUGUGCUGGUCUACUCACUGCUGCCCAUCACCAUGCUCUCCAUGGCCCUGCUGCUGGCCUUCUGGAUGUACCGCCACCACAAGCCACCCUAUGGCCAUGUGGACAUCAAUGAGGAUCCCGGCCUCGUUCUCCCUCCCUCCCCCCUGGUAGGUCUCAAACCCCUGCAGUUGCUGGAGAUUAAGGCCAGGGGGCGCUUUGGCUGUGUGUGGAAGGCCCAGAUGAUGAACGACUACGUGGCUGUCAAGGUCUUCCCCAUUCAGGAUAAACAGUCGUGGACGAACGAGCGGGAUGUGUUCCUAACACCGGGGAUGAAGCACGAGAACCUGCUGCGCUACAUCGCCGCCGAGAAGCGCGGGACCAACUUGGAGAUGGAGCUGUGGCUCAUCUCUGAGUUCCACGAGAGGGGCUCCCUGACGGACUAUCUGAAAGGGAAUGCAAUCAGCUGGACUGAGCUGUGCCACAUCGCUGAGACCAUGGCCUGCGGGCUGGCCUACCUGCACGAAGACGUGCCUCGCUACAAAGGAGAGGGACCCAAACCGGCCAUUGCUCACAGGGACUUCAAGAGUAAGAAUGUGAUGCUGCGGACGGACCUGACGGCCAUCAUCGGGGACUUUGGGCUGGCGGUGCGGUUCGAGCCGGGCAAGCCCCCAGGGGACACUCACGGCCAGGUGGGUACCAGGCGCUACAUGGCCCCGGAGGUCCUGGAAGGUGCCAUCAACUUCCAGCGGGACGCCUUUCUCAGGAUAGACAUGUACGCCAUGGGCCUGGUGCUGUGGGAGCUGGUGUCGCGCUGCAAGGCGGCCGACGGCCCAGUGGAUGAGUACAUGCUGCCGUUUGAGGAGGAGAUCGGCCAGCACCCGUCCCUGGAGGACUUACAGGAGGUGGUGGUCCACAAAAAGAUGAGGCCAGUCUUCAAGGACUGCUGGCUCAAACACGCUGGCCUGGAGUCUAUGUGUGAGACGAUAGAGGAGUGCUGGGACCAUGACGCGGAGGCGCGCCUCUCUGCUGGCUGCGUGGAGGAGCGCAUCUCGCAGAUCCGCCGGCUGACCAGCCCCCCUACCUCGGACUGCCUGGUCUCCAUGGUGACCUCUGUCACCAACGUGGACUUGCCACCCAAAGAGUCCAGUAUCUGA